AAAAACUUCAAUGAUAGAAGCUACUGAAAGUUAGGAUGGCCAGUGUCGUCCUUACGGUAUCCAUCGAGGGCUCCUUUUGUCUUUCUCCAAAACACAGAAGAUUCUUAACUCCCAGAACCGUCGAUUGUGCAAUGCAAAAGGGGAUUUUUGCAAUGAACUCAGCAGGCUCCACCCACUUGCAUAUGGAUAUUUAAAAAGCACGUAGCGACACCAGCCUAGACUCAAGAGAGGAAGCGGGACUAUAAGAGAUCGUGUUCGUGAAGCACCGCUCCGUCCAACAUGCACACUCUGGAAACACCGCAGAUUGAACCGUCACAGAUUUCUCUAUAUCCUGAUGCAGUGACAUAUGAAACAGAUACAUACAGCAAGCAUCCAGCUCCUUUUUGCUCCUACUAUGUUGCUGAACCAGAACAACCUUCAGAUCAUUACUGGACGGGCUCUGAACAUCACAGCCUGAGCUAUGAUCAUUUUGAUGGUGGGCAGUUCACCCAGCUUCAGAAUGUGGCAGUCUCCCACCUGCAGAGUUUGUACCCGCAGUUCCCACUGGAGGUCGUCAGCACCCCAGACCCCUCACUGCCAAACCAUACCACUUGCCCACUGGAGGAGGACUACAAUCAGCAGGUUUUCCCUAUGUUGUAUCCUUCCUUCCAGACGCCCACCGAUUUGUCGAGUCCAUCGAUAUCUGAGGAUGAUGACUACAACCUGGGCAGCCCCGUGCUGGAGGUUUCUGACAGUGAGUUUGACGAGAAUGUCCCUCCCAGAGAGUCGUCCACCCAUGAUGGAGGUGUUCGGAAGAAGGUGCGUCUCUACCAGUUCCUGCUGGAGCUUCUGAAGAGUGGGGACAUGCGGGACUGCGUCUGGUGGGUGGACCGUGAGAAGGGCACUUUCCAGUUCUCCUCCAAACACAAGGAGGUGCUGGCCCAUCGCUGGGGCAUGCAGAAGGGCAACCGCAAGAAGAUGACCUACCAGAAAAUGGCCCGGGCCCUGAGGAACUACGGCAAGACCGGUGAGAUCCGCAAGAUUAAGAAGAAACUUACCUACCAAUUUGAUGGCAUGCUGCUGUCUCAGAAGAAGUCUGAAUGUAAAACCAGCUAUUUGCCGUAACGUCACAGGAGGGGCCCUUUUCACUUUUGUUUUGGACUCUUCCGUCUUGGACUUUCAAUGUUUAUUAAGACAUGAAGGCUGGUCUUGACACUGCACUUACUUCCUUGUUUUUGCGUUGUGUUUCUGCCUUGGUUUUCGAGAGCACUGUUGAAAGUCGCCAAUGCCAUAGCUUCUCAAUGUGAGACAUGCCGAGGCUCACAAACUGGACGCUACCUGCUGUUUUUCGAAUAGAGCUGUGCAGCCCAUUCAGUUUCUCCAGAAAACCUCUGAAGGCCAUUGAUUAGUCAAAAGGAGAUGCCCCUUAUUCUCCCCCGCUCUCCCCCCCCCACCCACCCUGCUGGGCUAGGGCUGGUUGGGGUAGCCAUUUACGGGAGUUCUUAAAAGGGAGUUAAUUACAAAUCUCUACACUUUGGAGAGAAACCUUUUCCACCGCUUAGGGUUUGGGGCUGGGUUGGGGAGAGGAAUUUCCAGGACAGGGGUACUUAUCCAUAGGAUCAGAACUAUGCCAUCCAGGACAGAAUUUAGGAAAAAAGUCAUGUCCGUGCGAAUAAAUUCUUGCACAAAACCAGCCAAUGCUAACUCAGUUCAUCAGAGAUGGACAGAGUUUUGCUAACUCAGGCUAUUAUGAGAUACAGAGCCAAGGCAGUUACGGAUACAGAUUCACCACGAUCUUGCUGAAUGGCAGAAUAGAGCCUCUGUUCGUAUCUUUUGGCCUGUGCUCAUCGACCCUAUGUCAGAAUGGGGUUUGGGCUUUGAGGGUGUUGGUGGACAAGUUCAAGUGUUCAGACUUCCCUUGCUUUAGGUUGGAGGACAUGAGCUUUAUGUAUCCCAUUGAUAGAAGGUGCUAUCUGCAGACUAGGUCCAAGUCUGUUGUGACUGCAUGCUGCUUGGAGCUGUAGGGCUGGAUGUCAUGGGUGGGGAGGCAGUGAGUAUCUAAGACCCAAACACAUGGCACUUUUGGGAAAAACAGCUGACCAGGGUUUUGCUAAGUUUUUUUUUAAAUUAUUCUUUCAUGGGACAUGGCACUGUUAGCCAGGCCAGCAUUUAUUUAUUGUCCAUCUGUAAUGGCCCUGGAGAAGGUAGAGGUGAGCCAUCUUCUUGAUCUGUGGCAAUUCAUUUGGUUUCAUUACAGCCCCAGUGCCAUUAGAGACGGAGUUCCAGGAUUUGGACCCAACAACACUGAAUGAACAGCCAAUCCUGACAUUCCAAGUCAGGGGUACUCUCAGGUUCCCAUGAAUCUGCUGCCCUUGUCUGUUUCGAUAGUAAAGGUUGUGCGUUUGGAAGGUGCUGCCAACGGGGCUUUGCUGAGUCACUGCAGUGCAUCUUGUAGAGGGUAUGCACUGCUGCUACUAUUAAGUGUCAGUGGUGCAGGAAGUAGAUGUUUAAGUUGGCAGGUGGGGUAACAAACAAGUAGAGGCUGCUUUGUCCCAUUGCAGUGUUCUGUUUAUUUUAGAAAGCGUGCUUUUAUUGUAAAUUUUAUGUUAAAUACUGUUUGUCAUUAAGAGGCAGGUUAGUGCCUGCGAGCUGCAGUGAGAAAAUGCAUUUCUCUUUCCCAUGGUGACAUCAAAGGCUGCACCCCACAGAAAGCAUUAAUGGAAUGGUACUGCACUCGGGGAAGCAAGGUUAAAUUCUUUAAACACCUUAUUUCAAAAAGUUUGAGAUGUAUCUGUAUAUAUUUUGGAAGCAAAGCAGGCGAGGGUUAGGGAGGGAAGGUCGGGUUGUAAUUGGUAACAGGGUGGGG